AGUCAGAAUUAAUGGGCCGAGUCAAGACAGGGCGACAGUUUUGUCGGUUAAAUUAAAUUACACUUCAUUCUGGCCUGUUUCGAUUGAAAUCUCUGAAAUGGAGCUGCCGAUUAAGAGAAUGCGAUACUAUCUCAAGGAUGAGGUUGUCGGCCACAACAAGAAGGACGACUUCUGGGUGAUCAUACACAUGAACGUCUUUGAUCUGACGGAAAUGCUAAAGGAUCGCACGGAUCAUUGGAAUCGCAACUUGGACUAUUUGAUGGCGCAUGCUGGCAAGGACCUGACACAUUUCUUUCACGAGAAUGGAGAGCCUCGCACGGAGAUCUCUCCCAGCACAGGCAGGCCCCGCGUCCUCUUUCCACCCAUUCUGGAGGUGGCCAUCUCGGAAUUCUCCAAGACGAAGGGAGCCAUGUGGAGCCAGGACCCCUUCUAUCAUAUAGGCAGGGUCACUACCCGACCAAGGGUAAUUCGAAUUAUAAACACCCUGACUGGCCGCACUCAGUUCAUGACCGUUUGCAAUGAAGAUAGUAUUUACGAUAUCCAACAGAAGUACAAGCAGCGCUACAACCAUCAUGCAGGUAGCUACGAGUGGCGGAAGUUCUCCAAUGGGGGCAAGACCUGCAGUGUUCUAGACCUGAAUGGCACCCUGGAUGAGAAUGGCCUCAUUGACGAGGAAGACAGCACUGUGGAGCUCCCGCCGCCCUCCAUUUGGCUUUAUUACACAGAUGACAUAACAAUUGCUUGAUUCUGGUUAUGGUUUAUUAUUGGAAAUUGUUUGUAGUUCGGGGGCGAGUAAAGUUAAUUUCAAGCUAGA